AUAAGAUACGUCACUUCAGCUACGGGAUCUUACAUCGACUCCCUCCCCCCCAGUGUAGACCAGCCCAACAGGAGACGCUUUCCCACUGACCUAGCGCUGUCUCCGCCAAGGCUUAGGUCAGUAUAACUACAUUGCUCAAGGGUGUGGAUUUUUUGCACUCCUGAGCAAUGUACUUAUACCAAUAUAAGUCUAGUGUAGCCCUGGUCUUGGCUACACUUGAGAGUUACAGUGCAAUAAAGCUGCUCCCAGCGCUGUAACUCACUCCCCGUCCACACUGGCAAGGCAUUUGCAGCGCUGUAUCUCCAUGGCUGCAGCGCUGCAUGUACUCCACCUCCCCGAGAGGAAUACUGUGUAUUGCACCGCCCAAUGCACUGUGAUUGGCCUCCAGAAGUAUUCGGCAGUAUCCCACAAUGCCUGUUCUAGCCACUCUGGUCAUCAGUUCAAACUCUACUGCCCUGGCCUCAGGUAACCAACCAUGUGACCCGCCCUUGACGUUCCCCGGGAAUUUUAAAAAUCCCCUUCCUGUUUGCUCAGCCAGGUGUGGUGUGGAGUGCUAUCAGCGAAUCUUUCCAGGUGACCAUGCCUCCACACACCAAGCUAGCCCCAGCAUGGAGCAAUGACGAGUUGCUGGACCUCAUCAGUGUUUGGGGGGAGGAAGCUGUCCAGUCCCAGCUGCGCUCCAGCCGUAGGAAUUACGAUACCUUCGGGAAGGUAUCAAAGGACAUGAUGGAAAGGGGCCAUGACCGGGACACCCUGCAGUGCAGGAUUAAAGUGAAGGAGCUGCAGAGUGCCUACCGCAAAGCCCGUGACGCAAACGGCUACUCGGGUGCUCCCCCUGCGUUCUGCCGAUUCUACAAAGUGCUGGAUGCGAUACUUGGGAUUAACCCCACCUCCACUCCGAGCACCACCAUGGACAUUUCAGAGCCGGGGUGGGAGGAGGAGGAGGAAAACAGGAGUGAGGGUGGUGGGGCGGAUGGAGACACCCCGGAAUCCCUGGCAGCAUGCAGCCAGGAGCUCUUCUCGAGCCAGGAGGAAGGUAGCCAGUCACAGCAGCCGGUACUUGAUGGAGGUCAAACAGAAGAGCAGGUUCCCACUGCAAGAACCUUGAGACCUGAGCCAUCUCUCUUAUUGCCUGCUCAGAGACUGCAAAGACUCAGGAAGAGACUGCGAAAAACCAAAGACAACAUGCUGCAAGAAGUGAUGCGGCAAUCUGUUAAAGAGAAUGAGAAAGCACAGAACUGGAGGGAGAGAGAAAGCAGGAUCCGCCAGGAAAACGCUGCGCACCGGCGGCAAAGCAUGGAGCACCGGCAGCAAAGCACGGAUUGGCUCAUAAGCAUCCUGGAGCGCCAAGCAGACGCUAUCCAGGAGCUCGUAGCCAUGCAGAAGGAGCAGUACCGCAAACACCCCCCCUCCCCACAGCCCCUGUCCCAAAACUCUUUCCCUUGUGCCCCACUGUUACCUCCAACCCACUUUCCCCAACUUCCAGGUUCUUCACGCCACCAGCUGCCUCCAACACCAGUAUCUUCACCACCCAGCCCUGAAAACCACAAUCCUUACCUUCUGCACUCAGUCCCCAUCACCAUGCAGUAUAGCUAUCCUGAAGUGCAGCACUCACUGCACGGCACACCAGACAGGACAUACGUGAAUCUGUGAUUUUGUACCGUUCCCCACUCCACCCCUUUGCCCUUUCUGAUUCCCAAGCAGUUGCGUUUCUUUUCAAUAAAUUGAUUUUC